AAGUAUACCAGGCUCUGUUGGUGGUAAGAGACAGAGUCGCUAUAUUAAUCUAGCAUGCAUCUUAAACAGGAAAUGACUAUGACUCUGAGCUCGAGAGAAGUUAGUUGCAGAGCGUUUGUGGUUGGUUAAACAAUUUGAAGUGUGUGAACGGUUUGUGUUAUGGCCCAGGGAAAAGAUCCAAACUUUGGGCAGGCAGCAGGCACUAACUCUGCCCUUCAAAGGCUAGACACUUUAGCCAGCCGAUUUUUUUACAAAUAUCGCAAAGGGAACCAAGAGAGAGUGCCAGAAAAUGAGGGGCCGCAUGUGUCAGACUACACAGUCCUUUGGGACACAACAAUGAAAGAAGUCUUGGAAAAAGCCAAAGAGGAUUUUAUGAGGAAAUGGGAGAGUCAACAACAGAGCACAUCACAUCUGGAUGAGUUUGACAGACUCAAAACUCUCGGCACCGGCUCUUUUGGAAGAGUGAUGCUGGUCAAGCACAGACCGACAGGACAAUUUUAUGCUAUGAAAAUCCUGAACAAACAAAAAGUUGUGAAGCUCAAACAGAUAGAACACACAUUAAAUGAGAAGAAAAUAUUACAGGCAUUGUCUUUUCCUUUUCUAGUGAAACUGGAGUACACUUUUAAGGAUAAUUCAAAUUUAUACAUGGUCAUGCAAUAUGUCCAAGGUGGUGAGAUGUUCUCACAUCUGAGACGAAUUGGAAGAUUCAGUGAGCCAAAUGCUCGGUUUUAUGCGGCUCAGAUUAUCCUCACAUUCGAGUAUCUUCAUGCCCUGGACCUCAUCUACAGGGACCUGAAACCUGAAAACCUGCUCAUUGAUCAGCAAGGAUACAUCCAGGUGACAGACUUUGGCUUUGCCAAAAGAGUUAAAGGCAGAACCUGGACGUUGUGUGGUACACCAGAGUACUUGGCACCGGAGAUCAUCCUCAGCAAGGGCUACAAUAAAGCCGUCGACUGGUGGGCAUUGGGUGUUUUGAUUUAUGAAAUGGCUGCUGGAUAUCCACCUUUCUUUGCUGAUCAGCCUAUUCAGAUUUAUGAGAAAAUUGUGUCUGGAAAGGUACGAUUCCCAUCCCAUUUCAGCUCCGACCUGAAAGACCUUCUGCGUAAUCUGCUACAGGUGGACCUCACAAAGCGCUUUGGCAAUCUAAAGAACGGAGUCAAUGACAUCAAAAACCACAGAUGGUUUGCUACAACAGACUGGAUUGCAAUCUAUGAGAAGAAGAUUGAUGCCCCAAUUUUACCAAAGUGCAAAGGUCCUGGAGACACAAGUAACUUUGAUGACUAUGAAGAGGAAGAUAUCAGGGUGUCUGUCACAGAACAAUGUUCAGAAGUAUUCUUGGAGUUUUAGUUGCUUAUGAAAGUCCUUUAAAGUUGAAUAUGAGAGCAACUCUUUUACAUCCAUUUAAAAAGAUUAAGUACUGCGCUGCAUACAAAUUUUAGUUUCUGCAUUAAAAGCACAUGCUCAUUUUUGUUUUCUGUUUGAUACCGUAUAUUGUUACAUGACUUUUUAACGAAAAUUUUGUUGUACAUUUUUGUUGAUUAAAUUAUACAAAAAAAUAUUUUAUUUAACUUAGGAUGCUACUGUGGCAUUCCUGAUUAUUAGUUUUUAUCUGUUAAAUAUUAAAGUACCAGUAUUAUACUAAAAGUGAAAAAAGUGAAGUGUGUGUCUGUUUGUGUGAGUGUGGGGCGUGCAUGCAUGUGUGUGUGUGCGUGCGUGUGUGUGUGGUGGAUAGGGCUUGUGAUUGCUCAAUAUCAAACAGAUGCUAUUGAUCCUGAUUAAUCUGAAGUCAAAUGUAUUUUGAAUUGCACAAAGAAAUAUUUCACAUUUUCUAGUUGAGUAUUUUUUUUACUCUAAUACAGCAUCUAAUUAUACUUUUAUUACAUUGAUUUGUUUAGCAGAAUUUUACUGUAUCAUUCAGAAGAAAU